GGUAACUAAGGGCGCCUGGCUGUUGCUAGGACCGCAGAGUACAAUCAAGCAGGCUCUGUAGAUUCAGGCUGCGCGCUCCAGGGAAGGGUUUUGGGGUCUGUCUGCGCUCGCUUCAAGCCGAGCAUCAUGAGCAGCGAGUUUCUGUCAGAGCUGCCCUGGGAAGAUGGGUUCGCUAUCCCAGUGGCAAACCAGGAGAACAAGAUGCUGGAGGAUCAGUUAUCAAAACUGCAGAAGGAAAAAUCAAACUUGCAAGAUCAGCUUCGUGACUAUGAAGAUCGAAUUAAUUCUAUGACUUCUCACCUUAAAAAUGUGAAUCAAGAGUUUUUAUUUACACAGUCUCUUUGCAAAGCAAGGGAGUAUGAAAUCGAAAGUGAAGAACAUUUUAAGGCCAUUGCUGAAAGAGAGCUGGGACGAGUCAAGGAUGAGAUCCAAAAACUGCAGAAGGAGAUGGACACCAUCCAGGAACGCAAGAGCGAUAAGGAAACUGGCAUAUUUAAAGCUACUCAAAAGCUGGAUGGUUUGAAAUGUCAGAUGAACUGGGACCAGCAAGCGCUGGAGGCCUGGCUAGAGGAGUCGGCUCAUAAAGACAAUGACUCUCUCACCCUUCAGAAGUACUCCAAGCAAGACGAUAACAAAAUCAGGGCACUGACCCUGCAGUUAGAAAGGCUGACUUUGGAGUGUAAUGAGAAAAGGAAGCUUCUAGACAAUGAACUAACAGAGACGCUAAGUGCACAGUUAGAAUUAGAUAAAGCUGCACAAGACUUCCGGAAGAUUCACCUUGAACGACAAGAGCUCAUCCGGCAGUGGGAGAGCACCAUCCACCAGAUGCAGAGGCGUGACCAGGAGAUAGACAACUGUGCCCUGACAUUAGCAAGGAUCAAGCAGGAAAUAAGAGAAAAAGAAGGUGUGGUGAAAGAAAAGAUCAAGUUUCUGGAGAGUGAGGUUGGGAACAACGUAGAAUACGAGAGAAGAAUUUCUCUCGCCGAGCGGAAAGUUUUAAAGUACAGGGUGGAUUACCAGCAGCAUGAAGCCAGCAGGAGUCAGCUGAAGGACGAGCUGGAUACUUUAAAAGCUACUCUCAAUAGAACUUCCAGUGAUUUAGAAGCUCUGAGGAAAAACAUUUCCAAAGUAAAGAAGGACAUCCAUGGUGAAGCAUCAAAAUUACAAAAACUUAAACGUCACAAUGAAGUUGUAAAACAGAAAUUAAAAAUGAUAACUGAGAAAACCAUAUCUGUUGAAGAGAAAGCUACGAACAUGGAAGACAUGCUGAAGGAGGAGGAGAAAGGUGUGAAGGAAGUGGAGGUUCAGCUGAACAUAGUGAAGGAUGUGCUAUUUAAGAAAGUUCAAGAGUUACAGAAUGAGACAAUGAAAGAGAAAGCCCUGGUAUCAGAGAUUGAAGGAACCAAGUCCUCCCUGAAACAUCUUAACCAGCGGUUACACAAACUGGAUUUUGAAACCUUGAAGCAGCAGGAAAUAAUGUACAGUCAGGAUUUUUACAUUCAGCAAGUAGAACGCAGAAUGUCACGGUUAAAGGGAGAAAUUAAUUCAGAGGAGAAACAAGCCCUUGAAGCAAAAAUCGUUGAACUUAAGAAGACACUGGAUGAGAAAAAAUCCACACUUUCUCUUUUGGAAUCGCAGAUCAAGAAGCUCCAUAAUGAUCUCUAUUUCAUUAAGAAGUCAAACGGCAAAAAUAAUGACGAGAAACAGUCUCUCACGAAUAAAAUAAGUGAACUGCACCUUUUCGUUGACAGAUCAGAGAAGGAACUGAACAAGGCUAGAGCUGCAAAACAGGAUUUGAUGAUCGAGGACAAUCUUUUAAAGCUUGAGGUUAAACGCACCCGAGAAAUGCUUUACAGCAAAGCAGAGGAAGUACUUUCCCUGGAGAAAAGGAAACAGCAGCUCAGCGCAGCAAUGGAAGAAAGAGCUGAAGAAAUUAAGGUGCACAAAGCGAUGCUUGCCUCACAGAUCAGAUAUGUUGACCAGCAGCGGCAAACUGUGAGUGCUGAGUUUCAUGAACGGCUAAGUAAAAUUGAUAAGCUUAAGAACAGAUAUGAAAUUCUUACUGUUGUUAUGCUGCCUCCUGAAGGAGAAGAGGAGAAAACACAGGCCUAUUAUGUAAUAAAGGCUGCUCAAGAAAAGGAAGAACUUCAAAGGGAAGGUGACAGCUUAGAUGCUAAAAUCAACAAAGCUGAAAAAGAAAUCUAUGCUCUGCAGAACACCUUGCAAGUACUGAACAGCUGCAACAACAAUUAUAAGCAAUCUUUCAAAAAAGUGACUCCAUCAAGUGAUGAGUAUGGAUUAAAAAUUCAAUUAGAAGAACAAAAAAGGGCCGCGGAAGAGAAAUACAGAUACAAACAAAGGCAAAUCAGAGAAAUUCAAGAAGAUAUCCAGAGCAUGGAAAAUACUUUUGAAGUUAUAGAACACUUAACAAAUAAUGUGAAAGAGAAAUUAUCAGAGAAACAAACUUACUCACUUCAACUCCGCAAAGAGACUGAGGAGCAGCAGCCGAAAAUGGAGCGCGUGACUAAGCAGUGUGCCAGACUCAGGAGAGAAAUCCGUAUUUUGAAAGAAACAAAUGAAGAAACACUGGAAGAACAAGACAUUCAACUCCGUGAGAUUAAACAGUUUCACAAGGACAUUGACCAAAUGUUAGUGAAUGUCAUGGAAAAUGCUGAAAUGCACAUCAUUCUUCAAACAUAUUUUGAGCAGAAUGGGUUAGAACUACCUACAGCGAAAGGCCCGAGCUCCAGAUCUUCUUCACAGUCUUCACACUUAUCACUGAGGUCGCCUGAGAGCCCAGGUUCUCCCGCUUCUCCCGUUUCAGCUAAAGUAUUACAGAUCAGCUUCCCUGGGUCUCCGACAGAAAGCAAUGGUUCUAGGUCACCUAGUAAUGGCAGCAAUUCGAGUACUCCUAAGGGAAAAAAGCCCAGCAAAUAAGCAUUCUUUAAAAUCUCUUGUGCAAAUUUUGAACACAAAUGAAAAUCGCAUUAAUGGUUAA